AUGCUCCGACGGCCCGCACGCGACCUUACCCGCACCUUUACCCGCACCUUUGCGUCCUCGAGCAGCUCGGCUCCACGCGUUUCCAUCGAGCGCGCCGCCGACGGCGUCGCGACGGUGACACUUGGCCGGCCGGAGAAGCUCAACUCGCUCGACAUUGACAUGUUCCGCGCCAUCCGCUCAGCGGCCGUUGAGCUGGCGGAGGACAAAGGCGUGCGCGCGGUCGUUGUCCACGGGUCGGGCCGAGCCUUUUGCGCCGGCCUCGACGUCAAGAGCAUCAACCACCCUCUGCAUGCGCGAGCCAACGGCCGGGAGCUGCUGGACCGCCCCGACGGUGCCAUCUCAAACUUGGCGCAGGACGUGUGCUACCUGUGGCGGCGAGUGCCCGCUCCCGUCAUCGCGGCGACCCACGGCGCCGCGGACGCGGGUGUUUGCCUUGGCGGCGGCUUCCAGAUUGCACUCGGCGCAGACAUGCGCAUCGCGACGCCGGGGUGCAAGUUCUCCCUGAUGGAGGCCAAGUGGGGCAUCAUCCCCGACAUGGGCGCGACAGUCGUCCUACCGGAGCUGGUGCCAAAGGCGCGAGCGCCGAGCCCUGCUGUGCGGGCGUGA